UUCUAGUUUAAUUCUAAUUAAGUGAGUGUCAAUUUGGAAAAUGCGGAGAAAAACGUUGUUUCUUUUGGUGGUAUUGAGUUACAUUUCGGUCACGUCGAGUUGCAACAGUUGCUGUGCUAGUUGCAGCAGCUGCACCACACUCACCUGCGUGGAGACUUGCCCCCAAAAAUGCUGUUCAUCAAGUGACUGCUGCGACAAAUGUUCUAGUCCCACCCCUGCCACUACUCCCACAGGUCCCAGCAGUGGCACGACGAGACGGACUGACUGCGAUGAUUCCAACACUAUAAGUGUGUCGAACAAUGCGAGUAACAAUAUUGAAAACCAUCUGUCGAUAAACAACACAGUCGUUCAUACGAACCGUAUUAAUUUACUAAUUAGCAUUUCCAACAUCAACACCAACAAUGUGGUGUGCGGUGAAGGAUGCUCGGAAAGUAGCACCACAAGACCAACGAGAGUCCCGCCACACACAUCUCCGCCACCACCGGUAACACCAACAACAACAACAACAACAACAACACGGUCAGAGUGUUGCACCGAUCGAAUAGUUCCCGUAGGGAUUCCAGUUCCCGUUGCCGUUCCGGUACCGAUUUAUCUUCAGCCGCCUCCGAAUUGUUGCUACGUUCUAAACCCUUGCGUGACUCAGCAAUGCACCACCUACACCAAGACGUGCGGCAGCUAUUGUACCAGUUCCUUCAUGUACAGCGGAAUGAAUCCGUGCGGAGGUGGAGGUUGCAGGAGACGCAGUCACUGGACCACAAACGACGGCUACACUCAGGACUGCUCCGGCUGCACCGAAGACUCUUUCCGUUCCUACUCCGAUUACCGAAGAUGUCACGGAUGUUUCUACAUCUGAUCUGAUCCACGUUUUGUUAUUGUAGUUGAUUAACCGAUUAAAUGUUUGCGAUGCGA